CCUUGUGUGAUCCGUGAUGUGAACAUCCAACCUAUUCAUAAUAUUAUUAAUAGUAUGCUGUAAUCAUUUUAUCGUAACGAACGUCUUUGUUUAGUCAUCUUUUAAUUAUUACUUAUUUAAUUUUUUGAUCAUAGUGAAACUGCGUUUCGUUCACAAUUUUGACAGUCAGCUGUUUUUCUGAACAGUACCUACCACGGCGCGCGGCGCAGUGUACCUACUAUAGUUAUUUAUUAUUUUGAUGUUUACAUUUCUAAAGGGCCGGGCACUAUAAUUAAAACUGUGUUGUGAAGAUAUUAAACUAGGUAUUUUCAAUUCUUAUGAAAAUGGCUGUGAAGUCAUUAGGACGUGUAUUUAAAUUGAAUACAACAGUUUUAAAAACCAAUUAUUUCAAUCUUCAAAAGGUAAUUUCUUGUGCUAGUUACAGUACCGUUACUAAAAACAACAAAAUAUACGAAGAUGUUAAUGAUGCUGUUGGUGAUAUAAAGGAUGGAUCAAAACUUUUAGUAGGUGGUUUUGGAUUAUGCGGUAUACCAGAAAAUUUGAUAAAAGCCCUAAAAAACACUGGUGUCAGUGGUCUGACUGUUGUUUCCAACAAUGCAGGUAUUGAUAAUUUUGGUUUAGGAAUGUUAUUAAAAACUAAACAAAUCAAGCGCAUGAUUAGUUCUUAUGUUGGAGAAAAUGCUGAAUUUGAAAGUCAGUUUUUUAGUGGUGAAUUGGAGGUAGAAUUGACUCCUCAAGGAACAUUGGCAGAAAGAAUCCGUGCUGGAGGAGCUGGGAUACCUGCCUUUUUUACUCCAACUGGUUAUGGUACUCUCAUCCAUGAAGGAGGAGCUCCUAUUAAAUAUUCUAAAGAUGGAAAGAUUGAAUUGUCAAGUGCUCCACGUAUUGUUAAGGAAUUCAAUGGUAAAAAUUAUGUGAUGGAGGAAGCAAUCACUGGUGAUUAUGCCCUUGUCAAAGCAUGGAAAGCGGAUAAGUAUGGUAAUUUAAUAUUCAGAAAGUCUGCACGCAACUUUAACCCUGCUAUGUGUAAAGCUGCCCGAAUUACAAUAGCAGAGGUAGAAGAAAUUGUUGAAGAAAUUGAACCUGACCAGGUGCAUAUGCCAUCAAUAUUUGUGCACAGAGUCAUCAAAGGACAGUUUGAGAAAAGGAUAGAAAAAAGAACAAUAAGAAAGAGUGAGGAAUCGAAUACAAAGAAAACAUCAGAUUCAACACGGGAAAGAAUCAUUAGACGUGCUGCACUGGAAUUUAAGGAUGGAAUGAAUGCUAAUCUUGGAAUAGGUAUGCCAAUGUUGGCUAGUAAUUAUAUUCCAAAAAAUGUAAAGGUAUUUUUGCAGUCCGAAAAUGGUAUACUUGGACUGGGUCCAUUCCCCACUGAAGACCAAGUUGAUCCUGAUUUAAUAAAUGCAGGAAAAGAGACAGUCACCAUAGUUCCAGGAGCAUCAUUCUUCUCGUCUGACGACAGUUUUGCUAUGAUUCGUGGAGGUCAUAUAGAUCUUACUAUACUUGGUGGCAUGCAGGUUUCGAGAUAUGGAGAUCUAGCAAACUGGAUGAUUCCUAGAAAAAUGGUUAAAGGAAUGGGAGGUGCUAUGGACUUAGUUUCAGCACCACGAACAAAAGUUGUGGUAACUAUGGAACAUACGGCCAAGAAUGGAGCUCACAAGAUACUACCAGAGUGCUCGUUGCCACUCACGGGCAAAAACUGCGUUGAUAUGAUUAUUACUGAAAAGUGUGUCUUCGAAGUCGAUAAAGAAAGUGGUCUUACACUGACGGAAAUAGCUGAUGGCUUAACGGUUGAAGACAUUAUCGUUAGCACCGGCUGUGAAUUCAACGUUUCCCCUAAACUUAAGAAAAUAGGAGACAUCACCGAGACUGCAUAGAUUCCUGAAUCCCCAAUAAUUGUUAAUUUAAUAACUUGAAAAUAUUUUGGUAAUCGGUAAAACCGAGAUACGUUAAAGUUAUAAUAAAAAAUUUUUUAGAUUUUCGGUUGUUCGUAUUUAAACAGAAUUAUAUUUAUUAAGUUUAGGUGCUAAGUCAAACUAUUUUAAGUCAGUUCGUAAAGGG